GGUGAACACCAAUCAUCGUGGAAGCCCCCAGACCGCAGUUGCGUCCGGGUAGCAUCCUCCAUCACAAUUGCAAAUCCAUACCCCACCUACUUCAGUCUCCUCAGCCUCGUCGCAAACGACAAUGAGUCCCCGCAAAAGCGUCUUCGGACCCAGUUACGCAGUGCACCGAACCUCUGAAGAAGAACCGUCAGAGGCACCAUCACCAGAAGUCGAAGACGAUGAGCGGCCCAGCACCCCCCCUCCCUAUUCUUGGCCGACCUCCUCCUCCAUAUCUGCCCUCCUCGCGCCGCGAGCCCAAGUCCAUUACCCUAGGCUCCCACGCCUCGAAUACCAGCUCUACUCGCCCGACACCUUCACCCUCUCAUCGGACCAUACGACCAUAACCUCGUAUGAGCCUCGGCUCUCCACAUACCCCGGCGCGCUUGUCUCUCUGCUCCAAUCCCUCGCAACCGUGCCUCCCAAACCGCAUAUCCGAGUACUAGGGAGGAGCUCAACUGAUAACGUUGUUUUUGAUGUUAAAGUCAAUAUCAUGAAUCUAAUUGUGCCGGAUGAUGCGAAGAGCCGUCUGAAUUAUGUGAAGGUUAUUGGGCCAGGGGAGUUGGGGUUCAGGGGAGAGACAAAGGAGACGACGGCCCCAACCGUGGGUGGGUCCCUGGAGGAGUGGGCUAGGAGGUUUUGUGAGGAUGGGGCGGCCAUUAAACACUUUGCGUUAGAACGCACUGUCACGAACUGGGAUACCUCCUAUCUGGAAGGCUGGCUCCUCUCCCUCAAAAACAGCACCGGCUACCGCGGCCACGUCAAAAUCAGCUUCCCCCUCACCCACUCGUGCGUCGUAGUCAAGGGCCCCGAUAAAGUGAACCGCUUCUUCUCCAACAUCACCAAGGUCUUCACAGGGACACGGAAAUACGAAAUAGUCAAGAGCGUGUGGCCAUAUGCCGAUUUGCCACGAGGAGAAGAGGGGAGAAGAUGUGUGGUUCAAGAGGAAGAGGCGUGGUUCAGGGACUGGAAGGACAGUAUCAAACAUUCGAUACUUGGCAGGAGAAGAGGUUGGGUCACUGUCGAGGAUCGGCUGGAGUUUUUGAUGCAGCCGAAGAAGGGUCAACCUGCGGCGUGGGAUCAAGUUAACUGACCCCGAAUUUUGGAUAUAGAGCUAUCCCUAUCAAACAAACUACCUCUUUGGUUAACAAAGCUGCAAGGAUCCAUCGUCAUAGGAGGGUAAUUGCUACAAUCAACGAUGUAUGAAAGCACGGUCAGUUGUCAAAGCAAAUCAGUUUUAGAAACACACUCAUCUGUCGAG